UGAGGUAGCAGCCAAGCAUCUAGCGCCAUCUGAUAAUAUUGUCAAGAUCAGAUUGAUUAGAUAUCCCCAUGUGAUCUGCAUCGGGAUCUGAGAUCUGUUAUCAAUCUAAGAUGCAUCCCAUCUUCAGAUGUCAUCAUGAGAUUAUCAUGAAGUUUAUCCAACAAUGCCACGAUACUUGCUUCAUCCAGCACAGCACCUGCUUUUCUCUUCUCUUCUCCAAUGUACGUGCCAUCCUCUCCAGACUACGCCAUGCAGUGUGGUCCAAACCCAGCUAGAUCACGGAUAAUCAGGAAAAAGCAAUUGCUACCACCACCUCACCAUGUCCAAUCCCCGGAUCUUCCACCUCAAUUUUGUCGGCGACGUCAUGCUCGGCCGCCUCGUCGACCAACUCUUCCCCCAACAUGUCGACAACCCAUCUGAAUCGCGCCUCGUCGCCUCCUUCGUCGCCAGAAACCCCCACUUGCGCAACUACAACCCCGCCAGUCCCUGGGGAUCAACCCUCCCGCUCUUCCACGCCGCCGAUCUCAACAUCAUCAAUCUCGAAACAGCCAUCACCGUGCACAAUGUGCUGUGGCCGCACAAAGCCUUCAAUUACCGCAUGCACCCCGCCAACGUGGCCGCCUUGAAAGAAGCCCGUGUCGAUUAUGCCAGUUUAGCAAAUAAUCACAGCCUCGACUUCUCCCCAGAGGGCCUAAUUGAAACGGCCUGGACGCUCCGCAAAGCGCGCAUCGCAUUCGCUGGCGCGGGCGAAACGACAGAUGAAGCGUUCCGACCGGCUGUGCUCUGUUUACCCAGGAGAGAAUUCAAGCAUUCGUCAUCGAAUCGUGAACAAGAUGGAACUUCCGCGCAGGGCGCGACGAGUAGCCAUGAACAUCAUGAUGAUUCGAAAGGUAGUAGUGAUCAUAAUAAUAAUAAUAAUAAAAGGAGUAAGAACGAAUGUCCCGAUACCUCGCAUACGAUCCAUAUUUACUCUGCGGCGGACCAUCCAAGAGAUUGGGCUGCUGUGCCCACGUUUCAUUUUAUUGAUUAUACAGCUAAGACGUUUAAGAGGCUUAAGGAUCGGCUGACCUCUUACUCUUCCUCUUCUUCUUCUUCUUCUUCCAAUGAUGCUGAUGAACCAUCCCUCAAAAUCUUCUCCGUCCACUGGGGUCCCAACUACGCGUGGCAACCCCACGAAUCCACCAUCCGAUCUCUAGCCCAUUUCCUCAUUGACGAAUGCGGCGUCGAUAUCGUCCACGGCCAUUCAUCGCAUCACAUCCAGGGUGUGGAGAAGUAUAAGAAUAAACUAAUCAUCUAUGGAUGCGGAGACUUUGUGGAUGAUUAUGCGCUGAAUAAGGAGUUUAGGAAUGAUUUGGGAGCUGUUUGGAGGGUUGUUGUUAGGGAACGUUCUGAUUCUUCUUUUGCCUCUUCUUCUUCUUCUUUGCGGCAUAAUCAAGGUGGGAAGAAACGCGCAGGUCUCGAACUAGUAAGGUUGGAAAUCUUCCCGACGAGAUGUGACUUGUUUCAGGCCAUGUUGUUAGAUAAAGAUGAUAGGGAUCAUGUAUGGGUGAGGGAGAAAAUAAGGAAAUUAAGUGCGGAUUUAGGAACGAUGGUACGAGAAGACUUGGGUGAGGAGGGGCAGGUUAUUGUUGAUUUGGAGGGUUGAAAGGUUGAUUU